AUGGCCCCUACCAUCGAGAACCAGCCCAUGGAGCUCCCCAAGGCCCCUGAGCAAGUCCAGGUCGCGCAGCCCAAGAUGAGCCAGGCUAUGGAUCCUCAGCGCCCUCACGCAGAGUCCGAGUUGAGCCUGCGCGGCGGAAGGGAAGGUGAAGGCAUGUGCCCCGGAAGAUUCUGCUUCAUCAUCCCUUGCCCAAUCCCGUGCAACUGCUGCAUCAUCCCCUGCCCCUGCUAG